CCGGGAAGCGCAGCUUCUGCGUAUUAUGGCUGUUGGAGAAGGGCAUGGCGGCGGCGACGGGCUGCAGGAAAGCGCAGGGUCAGAGGAGGUCUGCACACCAUCCUCCAGGGACCUGCAGACCGCUCGGGACCUCCGUGGCUUCCCCCGGACGAUGCCAAGGUCAGCGGGGUCUGCACCCGGCGACCGUGCAUCCCUGGGUCCCGGGUGGGUCCGGUGCGCGCUCCCGGCAACACGGCUGCGCGUGACACCCCAGUCCCGCACCCCUCCGCGUGGCGCCCCGCGCGGUUACCCCUGACCCUUGGACUCGCUCACCAGGAUGCCGGACAGAGCGGGGAUGCAGACUGUCUAACCAGCUCCAGGCGCAGCAAAGACGAACGGCGGCCGCUCGCUGCUCCGGCGCUCUUAAGGGACGCGUCGCCAGCAGCCCAUUGGCGGCUAUUUAUAGCCCAUUCAUUCUAUUGGUCCGUGCUUUGGGGUGGUGCCGUUGCUUUGUCCGUGGCAGCAGCCCUUGACACCCCCUAGCAGCCCACCCCAGCGGUCCCCGAGUCUCGACCCCGCGUAGCUUAGUUAUCCCCCGCGGCGCUCUCGCAGGAUCCCCAAGGCAGAACCCCAGGGCCUUCAGUAUUCUUGGUAGACCUACUUCACACAUUGCCUCGCAGCGGGAAACUGAGUCUGGAAAGCCAGCUUGUGCUGGGGCUCCUGCCUUCCCCCUCCUCCUCCCUUGUCUGGCAGACCGCGGUGGCAAGGGGCCUAUCGAGAGCUUCCAGGUCUUUAACAUUAGGUACGGCGUCCAUCCACUGCAUCCAGGCGGUACGAAAUGGCUCAGAGCCACUGACCUUCCUCAAGGUGCCCGCAGGCAUCUCCUGGGUGUUCUUGAUGCAGCACCAGAGGCGCAGUCUGGCUGAGGUCCAGCCCCGAAGCACCCAGGGUGUUCUGACCUUGGGCGGACUCUGAGGAACCGAGCCAAAACAUUUGGACUUAGACCCUAAAAGAUUCAAGACACUGAGCUGUGAGAGACUGUCUUGAGAAUCCAAAUCUCCAUCCCCUGGCCCUUUCCUCAGGAAACCGGUUCCUACCUCCCCACCCACAAAGACAGUACCCACAGUCAAGAGGCAAACGGAGUGGAGAAAGCACCAGUUAAAAACAAGCUCACUAAUCAGAACCAACACACGGAAACAGUCUCUCUUCCCCAGCCUCACACACCCAAGUAUGAGGAAAUGUGGACGCCUGACCCCAGACAGUGCCGGCUGUGAACUCCUCUGUGAAGACAGGCAUUCGCACCCUGCCUGCAGCUGCCAGCCACUUCAUCUUUUCUGGAAAGUAAUUUGGCAGUAUUUAUUAUAAUAAAAAUAUGGUCUAGCUCCAUGACCUAGCAAUCCCAGGAAUUCUAGGAAUCCAGAAUAGAAAGGACAGUGUCCCUUCUCUGCAGAUAGAUCAGGAAAUGUGUAGUGGGAAAGACUAGUUCGGGUUGGACCUGAUGCUGGUCUCUGAGGAGGGAGGGCACUAGCCGUCGGUGGAAAAGGGUGCAGAAUGGCGGCGGUGCUGUUGGUAAAAUAUAGAAGUGAGCUUUCAUGUUUAAUGUCCUCUCACCCCCCUCACUCACGGCUGCACUAAUAAAGCAAGACUAGGGAGCCUAGCUGGGUGGUGGUGGCACAGAUCUUUUAUCCCAGCACUCGAGAGGCAGAGGCAGGUGAAUCUCUGUGAGUUCGAGGCCAACCUGGUCUACAAGAGCAAGUUCCAGUACAGGUUCCAAAGCUACAUUGAAAGCCUGUCUCCAGAAAAAAAAUCUAGAGAGCCUCUCAUUCUUGUGCAUUUGAUAGAAUCCAUUCAGGUGCCAGAUGCAAGGAAAACAAGAAGGAGAUGCACAAGGGGAAAGGAUCUCUGCCUUCCUGCCGGAGCCGGGCUGCCCUGAACGAAUGACUGCGGGAGGGAUGGCAGGAUUCCCAGGCUUGAGGGAUGAUGUGCUGGAGCUUCAGCAGAAGGCUGUGGAGUGGAGAACUCAGAGCAGAAAGCCUGCCUGCCGGCCUGCCUCUACCUAAGUCACCAUGAAGGACCACAGCUGCACUGUCCUCAGAGAUAACUAGUGAAUCCACCUGUUCUCUCGCUCUUCUGUUUGAGACAAGAGCCUGUAAACCAGGCUCCUCUUGCCUCAGCCUCCCAAGUCCUAGUAUUAUAGGGUUGAACCACCGUGCCCAGUUCAAGUCACUAUUUUGUAAGCCAAUUAAAACAACCCCAUAUAGAAAAGUGCAUGCUGGGGAUGGUGGUGUCCAGUUCCUUUAAUCUCAGCAUGCAGGAUGUAGAGGCAGGUGGAAUUAUCUGCGAGUUAAGGCCAGCCUAGUGUACAUGGUGAGUUUCAGGACAGCCAGGAUUACAUAGAGACCUUGACACCCCCCCCCCCAAAAAAAAGGUAUGUGGAGACAAACACCUAUUAUGCCAGCACAUAGGAGGUGGAGGCAGGAAGAUCAGGAGUUCAAAGGCAGCCUGGGCUCCAUGAGCUCCUGUUUCAAAAAAAAAAAUCCCCAGGCUAGACAGCAGGUGUGCCAUAAGCUUAUAAUCCCUGUAUUCUAUGCCCCCUUCAGCCUCCUCAGAAAUAUCUGCAGCUGACAACCACAGUACCUACCCUUCUCAGGGAAACUGGUUCGGCAUGAGCCCCAAAUGCUCAAGUUUCUGUCUGUUUCUAGAAAUAGAGAGGAAGCAAAUUUGGUGUCCAGGCUUGGGUGGGGGUAGGGGGUUUAGGACUUCCUCUUUGUCUCCAGCAUUUACAGUUUCUCUGCCUCCUCUCCUCCUUUACCCGCCUCCCAUCUCCCUGCGAGGACAAGGCCAGGACUCUAGUAAAGGUGAGGAACAGAAGGCAGUUGCAAGUCUGUCCACCGUGGCAGUGAAACCACACCCAGUACUGGAACAGGCACCUGUGACCUUCAGCCUCGGCCUCGUUCUAAGACCGAAACCUAAAGGAAGAUUGGCCACUGAGAGAAAGUACAGGCUCAGACGCCCAGAUAUCCCCCGGUGGUCCUAGGGUGCCUAACUUUGGGGGACAGACAGCAGAGACAACAGCAGGGUAGAGAGACGAAGGGCCCUUCACAGACUGUAGACCACAUAUCAGUGUGAGGCCCCCCACUUGGGGGGCAUUGCUCAGAAGUCCUGGAGGCCCUCACAGCAAUGGAGAAAGGUCAGGGCCUGCUUAUUCAGCCUAGACCCGACUGGGCCCUCUGCUAUCCUUGGCAAUCACAGUAGCUGCUUUGGCAGCUUCUGGGCAAGAAGCUUGGUGACAUCACUCAGUAGAAUUAUGGUUCCAUCUCCUUAGAAAUCACACCAAGUCAUACAUUGACCUCAGGGCCUGGAUGGGGCCUCAAAGGAGUCCCAGGUAUUUUCUUCACAAGCAUUGUCCAGCCCAGCAGGGCAAGUACAGGCACAGACAGCCAGGCUCUAGGUUCCACAUAGAGGCCACUCUCAGUCCUGUGCCCAGGAUGCAUUGCUGCUUCGCUGCUUCCUGGCUCGUGGAAUGCAAAGGGAAAGUUGGCAAGGGUAAAGAGAGGGGCAGGGGCUGCAGGGCACAGUGAAACAGGAGGCUAUGCCAGUCAGAGGGAACUCCUCUUUGUUCUUUAUGGGUUUUGUUUCUUUUUUGAGACAGGAUUUCUCUGUAGCUUUGGAGCCUGUCCUGGACCUAGCUCUUGUAGACCAGGCUGGCCUCGAACUCACAGAGAUCUGCCUGCCUCUGCCUCCCAAGUGCUGGGAUUAAAGGCAUGCACCACCUUGAAAAAUCCAAGCUGAAGCUAGGCAUGACGAUAGCUAGCUCUGAGAAGGUGGACUGGAGAAGGGACACAGGAGGAACAGGGAUACAGCAGUGGACAGCUGGGACCAAGGGAAAACCCCUGUUGAGCUCAUCUAGAGACAUAGUCAGCCCUGGUUUCCAUGCCGCUGAGAGGCUGGGGAAGAGGAACCUCCGAGGAGAAGUGGAAAGUCUAACUCUCCAGAGGAGCAAUUAGGGUGUGGAUUGGGCUGUGCACCACCAGGGAGUGAGUAGCCUACUAGAACAGGGACUGUGGAGCCAAGGGCUGGGAUGUCUCAGCUAACGGCUGUGCCUUCCCAGCCUGCGAGACCAAGAAAGCCUCAUUGCCUAUCCUUCCUGGCUACCAGAUCAAGGCCAGCUAGGGCAGAGACCUGGAGAGGUCUAAUGUCAGGAACCUGGGUUCCUUCACACAGGCUGGCCUAGUCUGGCCCCUGAGGAGUCCCACUAGCCAGCAGGACUCUAGGAAGGGCAUGUUUGUGGAGCCGGGCCACCCCCACUUUACCAGGCUACAGUAGCCUGGUGGCUGGAGACUGCAGCCCAGAGUUGGACACUGCUACUGGUUCUGAGUAACUCAAGUCUCAUGCCCUCCAGUUCCACUAGCUGAGGACUGCAGGAACGCUCUUCACUCCCCACCCCAGCGCUCCUCCCCUCUCCACUUCAUGCUCCAUUCCGGGGAAGAACCUUUCCACGGGGGCUCUGAUUCAGCUGUGCUGAGACAAAACACUCCUACAACUUCCCCUUUCCGCCUGGUCUCCAGCAGCCCCUCCCCCAGGCCACGCGUGAGCCCAGUUCAUCCAGCUCUCAAGAUGCCAGGGAUAGCAGGGCCUGGCUUAGGGCCACUUUUGCGGAAUGCUCCAGACUACCCCUGCUCCCUAUACUUGGCCAGGCCCUGGUCAAAGUCUCUGGGUGUCCCACCGCUGCCUCCGGUUCCACUUUCUAGGAUUCGUCCUGGGCUCCAGGCAGGGUGUUUCGGAGCUGUUUGCAGUGACGAAAUGUUCUGGUGGGCUCUAAUAAGGAAGCCCUGGGGUUACACAGUUGUCAAAGUGCACUUUAGGGGUAGGCGUAUCCAGCGGGCAGAAGCUCCAUGCUCUGGGCAACCCUAAAAGGCGGCACGCAGACAAACCGCUGGCGAGGAGAGGACUUUUAUUUUGCACACUGCUCGAAUCUCUUAGGCAACGCGCAAGUAUGCACAGAAGAUCACGGGCGUGGAGACGCCAGCCAGGAAGCAUCCUCUGGGAGCGCGCAAAGGACAGAGCAGAGUCUCCCAGCAAUCUCUGCGUUGUUAUUGAUGUCAUCAAAGAAGCGCCGGAAGUUUGGCUGCCGCUGCGGAGCCACGUGUGGAGCAGAGAGCCGGUGUAAGCUGGGUCUCUGACACUUGGCAGGUGUUAACACCAUGAGCUUCGUGGCAUACGAGGAACUGAUCAAGGAAGGCGACACAGCCAUCCUGUCACUGGGCCAUGGCUCGAUGAUGGCAGUGCGUGUGCAGCGUGGGGCACAGACCCAGACCCGGCAUGGCGUCCUGCGGCACUCAGUGGACCUUAUUGGCCGCCCAUUUGGCUCCAAGGUGAUCUGCAGCAGAGGCGGCUGGGUGUAUGUACUUCACCCCACUCCUGAGCUCUGGACCGUGAACCUGCCCCACCGCACACAGAUCCUCUACUCCACCGACAUUGCCUUACUCACCAUGAUGCUGGAGCUGCGACCCGGUUCUGUGGUCUGUGAAUCAGGCACGGGCAGCGGUUCUGUCUCCCAUGCCAUCAUCCGCAGCAUCGCCCCCACUGGCCACCUACACACAGUGGAGUUCCACCAGCAGCGGGCCGACAAGGCCCGGGAGGAGUUCCAGGAGCAUCGCGUGAGCCAGUGGGUGACUGUGCACACCCAGGAUGUGUGCCGCAGUGGCUUUGGUGUCACCCAUGUGGCUGAUGCUGUCUUCUUGGAUAUCCCAUCACCCUGGGAAGCUGUGGGCCAUGCCUGGGAUGCCCUCAAGGUUGAAGGUGGGCGCUUCUGCUCCUUCUCUCCAUGCAUCGAGCAGGUGCAACGCACGUGCCAGGCACUGGCAGCCCGAGGCUUCACCGAGCUCAGCACCCUGGAGGUGCUGCCGCAGGUCUACAAUGUACGCACCAUCAGUCUGCCAUCUCCUGACCUGGGAGCCAGUGACUCAGAGGUCAACGUGGGCUCCGAUGCCAGCCCCUUCCGUAGUGGCACACCAAUGAAGGAGACUGUGGGCCACACUGGCUACCUGACUUUCGCCACCAAGACUCCAGGCUAACAGGCCUGGGCAGGAAUACCACGAGCAAGCAAGGAGGCCAGAGGCUGCCUUAUAUGGUCAGCCACUGCCUGUGAGGCUUGUGUUUAGAAAUAGUUGGCAGGGUUGGGGGGCAGGGGCCUCCUGGGUAGUCGAGGGGGGUGAGUAGGCUGGCCCUGUUCAGGAGGGAGGCAUUGCCGGCUGAGAGGGAAGCCUCCGCCCCAUCACUGCUCCCCCAGGCUCUCUUUGUUGUCAACAUGAAGUCCCCUCUGCCAGAGGCUCUCCUGGUUGCUGAGACCAGCUGGUACAAGCUGAGGGCGGAGGAAGCCCUGGGCACUGCUUGAAGCCUGGACUGACCUACAGGGGCAGUGAACUGUCCCUUCCCUGGUAAAGGCUCCAACCACUGGUGGUUCAGAGCUUAGCCAAAAGCUGUGGUUGAGCUAACCCAGAAAGCCUGGCCCUGCCCUCAUCUCCUCUGUAUCCUUGGGACUGGAGCCAGGCUGACCUGGGGAUCCAAGGAGGUGACCCCAUAGUCUUGAGUGCUGCGUGGGCCACGUGUGAGCGCACUUGUGCCCAGGAUCCCUGAUGUGCUGUCCUCUGGGACUAGGCUCGUCCUGUGCAAAGGGAGUCCAGUAGGCGGGUCUACGCCCCCAGUGAUCUCUCAAGCCCACGUUGGAGCUGGGGUCAGAGAGGGGCCAUGGAAGAGGUGGCAUAUGGCCUAGGAGCUCUGGCUGUGGCCCUGCUGCACAUGUCACCUUGGGGCUGCCCUGCAUCUGCUGCUGAUGCAUGGAACCAGCCUUUGGGAGAAUUGUCUGUGUCCUGUUGGCCCCUGAGCGUACCUAGUGGAGCAAUAAAUGUUCUGUCUU